AAUACACACAAGUGAUCACAUAUAUAGAUAUAUAUGUGUAUAUAAAAUAUAGUUAGAUAGAAAAUCGUGAUUUUCUUUGUUCGCUGUCUUGCGCAUUCAUUUUUGUUAUAACGCGCAGUCUUUGUUCUCAUUUAUUAUUUUAAUAAUAUACAUAAAUAUAAAUAUAUAUUAGUAUUUACGUUAAUUAAAUAUACAUAUAUAAACAAACAAAUGGAAUAAAAUAUAAUUUUAUAAUUUGUAUCAAUACAUAAAAAUAUAUUGAUAUAGAUAAAUAAUAAAUAUAAAAAUAAAAUUAAAAACGCAAGUGCUUUGUUUUGAAGAACCAGCUGAUUGACAGAUUAAAGAUUUUUUAAAAAAACUUGGGAAUGAAUAUAAAUUGAAAGUUAUUAUCUAUGAUAAAUUUUCAUUACCUUCAUAGUUACUAAUUAACGUAAUUUAUAUGGUUGAUAAUAAUUAAUCAUAAUAAUAAUAAUAAUAAUUGUUUGUGAAUCUAUGAUAAAAAACAGAUUAAACGGGGCCGUCCUCGCAAAUUGUGAGAUACGUGGGGUACGGCCCCAAAGCUGACUACUGGGGUUACUAAGGGACAUAUUUUAUGUCUCUAAUUUAAUUACAAAUAAUAAAUAAGUACACAAGUUAAGAGAAGCAGAGAAGAAAAAAGUAAAAUUUUGAUGGAGUUUUUGGAGUUGGAGCUGAAAUUGGAGUUGAGUUUGAAUUUAUGAAAAAAAUAAUCGAAUUUUAAAUCUGAAGAUUUAAAUUUACGGAUGCACCAUAAAUGUGAUAUGAAUUUAUAUUUAAAAUUAAACUAAUUGGAUAUUUUUGAUAAAUUGUUAGUCUUUUUUUUUACGCUUUGGUAGCUGAGUUUUUAUAAAGUUUCUUUUGGAUUAAAUUUUGCUGAAGAAGUUUUUAUUUGAGUGAAUUUCGAAAAUGUUGUAUGUAUUUCAUGUUGAUACUGGUGCUACGUUAACCUUUGACAUCAAAUUAGCACUUCAAACUGUCGGUGAGCUGAAGGAAGCGAUUGAACGAGAAUGUGGGGUUUUAGCAAUACACCAAGUGUUACUGAUGAGCGGUGGCGAGAGUUUAGAGGCUCAUGCACGAGUUUGCUCAUACUCUGCUGGCACAGACACAAAUCCCAUUUAUUUGUUCAGCAAAGCAUCUAUCGAAAGUCAAGUACCACCUAUUCCCCACACUGAUUACAGUACAGAUGUCGAUUUAGUAGAUCAAAUAACAGCUUCCUUAUCUAUGCCUGCAACCUAUGCAACAUUAGUAGCACGUGCCCAAUUAGCCCAACAAUGUUGUGCAAUAGCCCGUGAACAAACACGAACAUGUGAGCGACUAGUUCAUGAUCAACAUCUCCAACAACAAGGAUGGGCAGCAGUAGUAGCUAAUUUAGAAGAUAUAACUCACAUGUUCAAUUCAAAAGCUGAUUUACUGCAACAAUCGUUUACCCAAUAUUUAGAAGAACGUCACCAAUACAUAGAUUUGCUUAGUAAUUUUAAUAGUGACUUGAAUACUCUAUCAAAGAUACCGAUUUUACCGGCAUUGAGAGCUCAAGCCGAAGGUUACUAUGAUCCAGAUGACACCGAGGACUACAUGCAGCAAAAUAACUGUGAAAUAAUGAGUUUAUUACGUUGGAUAUCAGUUAAAGACAAUCAGAGCAACAUAGAACUAGUUGCCGAACAAUGUUCACGUGGGCUUGAACAGUUUGAUGAACGAAUGAUGGAAGCGCUUCAGAGUGAAGUUAAUAUGGCUAUUGAUGCUGCAAAUAAACCCGAAAUGAAGGAAAUCAAGGGUUUGGGUGAACGUUUAUUUGCAUUGGAACAAUUAAUGGCGCAGACUAAACGUUUAGUACAGGAACAAGGGGAAUUGGCACAGGGAUUUCAUCAAAAUCAAACACGUGCUAAUAAUUUGGGCGAUGCUAGUGUGUUACCCGAUUUGUGUGCGAGCCAUCGUAAGCAAUUGGCAGUUAUGAUGGAAAAUCAUAGCCAAUUAAGAGAUAUUCGUAGAAGGUGUACAAGAGCUAAAGAAGAAUUAUCAGUAAACAUAUAUCAACGAUUAAAAUGGAUAAUGUAUGUUGAAAAUAAAAUGCUAGAAGUUGACGGUAAAUUAGUUAUGUAUCACGAAAAUUUAAAACGAUUACGUCGUCAUUUGGACGUACUUCAGCAAAUACAUUUAGCACCACAAAUGUAUAUUAGCGCUGUCAGUGAAGUUGUCAGAAGACGUACAUUUUCACAAGCAUUUUUGGUGUGGGCGAGUGAUCUUGCUUGUCAAUUAUUAACAGUACACAAUGAGGAAAUUACUAGACGUAGAGAAUUUCAGAGUAAAUUUGAGGGACAUUUUUUGAAUAACCUAUUUCCUGGAUUGGAGGAUCUCCCACCUAGUUUCGCUACUCAAGCCCCAACUGUUUUUGAUAAUGGAUUGCCUAAGUUGACUGCGGAAGAUAUGGAAUCACUUAAAAUUCAAUUACCCGAUCUCACGGAUUCCAUUUCAACGCCCGAUUUAAAUAGCAUAACACAAUUUUUUCUAUCAAAGAGUCUUACUUCAGUAACGAGUAGUGAUGUUAAUAAUAUUAAUAAAAUAAUAAAAGAAGAUGAUAGUACAACUUCAAUGCCUGUUGACGUAUCGUCUACUAAAGAAACCAGCGAUCGAAUAUCUCACAGAGUUGGUUUUGAAUCUGAAACAGACACAGACGAAUUUGAAAAAAUAAGCCAACAAAAUGUCGUGACAGAUUCAACAUCAUCGGCAACAAAACAACAACAGCAACAACAACAAGAAAGAGUUAAUACCUACGAGAAUAAAUUAAUGAUGCCGAAUAAACAAUUGGAGGAAAAUUUGGGUAAUACACGCAGCGAAGUAGAACGUUUACGUACAAUACUAAGUACCCUAAAAUUAGCAAUGAAUGACGCAAUAGUGACAUUUAAAAGUGAAUUAAAUUUAUUACGUGAAAAAGUAAAUACUGAUAAAAUUGGUAUAAUCGACGUUAGCGAACGUAUUAAUGAUGCAUUAAUUUUACAUUCACAUGAAUGUGAACGUAUAUUACGUGAACGUGAGCAAGAAUUAACAGUUGAUCAUGAAUUAGAAUUAGCGGACGCUAAAAAGUUAAUUCAAUCACGUGAUGAAGAAAUACGUAAUCUAAAGUCAACAAUAGUCGCUAAAGAAAGGGAGUUUGCUGAACAAGAGCGAUUGCUAACAGCUCAGCUAAUGCGUCAAAAAUUGGAUUUUCAGCAAGAAGAAAUUUGUAAUUUGCAGAAACGUUAUCAAAGUCAAUUAAAUGAAGCAUUGGAACAAGCUAGAUUAGACAAAGAUAAUGCAUUGGCACAAGCACGCGAGGCUAGUUUGAUUGAAAUAAAUUCACUGACGUUACAGCUUGAGGAGAGCCAUAAAAAAAUACGUGAAUUGGAAGAUACAUUGGCUACAACACGUGCCGAUCAGUCAAAAUUAAUUAAAGAGACAACUGAUAAAUUACAAGCUGAAUUUAAAACUGAAAUUGAAACCAUAAGAAGCCGAUUUAAAUUAAUGGCUGCUUCAACUGUUAUGGAACGUAGUCCAAGUGAUUCAAGUCUUGAAAAAAUUGAGCGUCCCGAUGUAAUAGAAUUAUCGAACCACGAAUCGAUUCUCGCGCAAACAAGAGAAAAUCUCGAGUCAGAAAAAGCCGAAGCAGUUCGUCAAGCUCUAGUGAAAGAAAAUUCUGAUUUUGAAGCUAAAUUACAAUACGCACUUGCAAUGUCAACUAAAAAAUUAACAUCUGAAUUAGAAUCACAGCGAUUGCGUGAAACAGCACUAGUUGAAGACUGUCGUCAGUAUCAAGAAAUAAUUCGACGUCUUACUGAAGACGAUUGUUCAACUCAUCAAGCUUUCAAAGAGAAAUUAAAAAGUCUCGAGGCUGAAAAAUAUCAUUUGGAAAAUAAAAUGUCUGCGGACCGUAAAAUUUUAAAACAACGAGAAUCGCAAUUGCAUGAAUUGGAACUAGAACGUGAUGAAUUACGUCAGGAAUUAAAUGACGAGCGUUUGAAAAUGAGCCAAAGUAGUUCCGGUGGUUCAAAUACUGGAGUCGUAAGCGGAAAUACAAGUGGUGGAAUUGUUGAUACUCUGAAAACAUUACUGUCAAGUAGCAAAGAUGAUAUUGAAGUAUCGGAGUCUAAAAAAGUACGAUUAGAAUCAGUAGAUGAUACGGAAUCACUUAUAAGAAGAUUAGAAAUACUUGAAGUUGACAAUAAACGUCUCAGUGUUGAAUUAAAAGCAUCAAGAGAAAGCCGUGAAUCAAUAGAAGCACGUGUUGAUGCAUUGGAAGCAGACAAAGUUAGAUUAGAAAUAGAACUUGUUAAAGAAAGGGCUCUACGUGGUGGAUAUAGUGGGAGACAUACUGGAGGUGGGGGUGGAAGUGGAGGCGGUGUGAGUGACAGUGGUAUGGCAUCAUCUAUUGAGUCACGUGACAAAGAUAUGAUUGCUUCGGUGGCUGUUGUUACAGAAACGAAUGACGAUACAGGAGCUGUAAGAGGAUUAUUUCGGGAAAAACUUAUUAAAAGUACCAACAGUUUGCUAAGCCAAUUUUCAAUAAGUUUGCACACUUGUAAUCCUGGUGAUUGCGUUGUUGUACUGUGGGAUACUGUACACACUAGUUACAUUGUACUGCAGGAAUCAAGGACAAUGUAUUUUCUACAUUCUGAUUGUGUGGAUCUUUUGGAAUUAAAAACUGGACCUGAUGGUUUGCCAAGACAAAUUUAUGUUAUUGGAGAGGUCAUUGAUAAGCAGUAUUGUCACGCCAAAAAGCCGGAAAAUCGUUACCACGUGCCUCAAGGUACAAAAUUUUACCGUGUAAGAGUAAAACCACUGCAACGAGAUUGCACUUUACUAGCUUCAUCGUCCGAUAAAAGUCAGCAGUAAUUAUUUUAUAAAUUUUCACAAUUAAAAAAAAAUUGAGCUUUACUAACAAAACAAACUAAUAAUAAAUUAUUAAAACUCCAAGUUGAUCUAAAUUUAAAAAUGACUAAAAAUUUUCUAAAUUUUAAAUAAACAAUUAAGAAAAUUAAUUUUAAUUUUAUUGUGAAAUAAAUUCUGCUGUGAUCGACUGAGCUCGUAUCAUUAUUUGGAUUUUUUUUUCCAUUUCUAUAAUUAAUUAUGACAAUUAUUACAAUUAUUAAUUAAUAAUGAUACGAGAUAAAAAAAUUUUAAAAAACAUAAUUAAAUAUGUUGGCGUUAUUGUGAUAUUGUCGAUUAUGAAUAAGGUGUGUGGAUUUAGCUGUGACUGCGUGAUAAAUUAAGGAAAAAAAUAGAAAAAAAAAUUAAAUAAAUAAACAAAACAAAAAAAAAAUUAACUUAUAAUAAUAAUAGUAAUUAAAAAUUUUUAGAAACUUAUGGUUUGAGAAUUAAUUAAUUAAAAAGAAUAUUAAUCAAUUUUUUUUUAUUUGAUAAAAUAUCAAAAAUCAUUUUUUUUUAUUUUAUUUUAUUGGAUUAUCAAGUAAUUUAUUUUUAAUCAUUGGACCGUGAAGAUAAUACGUGUUGAAUAUUAAUCGUUAAUUAAUUAACAUUUUAAUUGGUAAUUAUUGCGAUUAUUUAAUUAAUAUCGUAAAAUAUUUAUCGAGAAAAUAUUAAAGGCAUGCAAUAUAUCAAUAGCCGAUAUAUAAUUUAGAAAAAAAAUUAAUUAACCUCAUUAAUUAUUGUAACUUAUUAACCUUUUUUUUUACUUAUCCAUAAUUAGUCCUAACGGAAAGUUAAAUUAAGGGAAGAAAAAGCAUUAAUGCUGUAAAAUUAAAAAAAAAUUUUCUUUCAGUUUGUAAAAUUUAAAAAAAUUUUUUUCAAAUAUUUUGAUACAUAACGAAAAAUAUGACGGAAUUUUAGAAAUUAAAUUAAUAAAUUUUUAUAGUUUUAACUACUUAGUAUUAAUUAAUAGAAAAAAAAAUAAUCAAAG